AUGACGCAGACUACCAAACCAUUCGAGAUCGUGAUCGCGGGCGCGGGGAUUGCGGGUUUGGCGACGGCGGUUGCGCUGGCAGCGCCCGGACGACGCAUCACGCUGCUCGAGCAGUCGCGGCUGAAUCGCGAGGUGGGCGCCAACAUCUCGCUGCAGCCCAACGCGGUCAAGAUCGCCAAGCGCUUCCUCAAGCUCGACACGUAUCUGUUCGGCGACAAUUCGCUGGGGCGUGGCGUGCCGGACAAGGCGUUCCUGCUCUACGGCACGGACGACAAGCUGCACAUGAAGAUCCAACUCACCACCGAGCAGUACGGCGAGGACCGCGUGUGCUUCCACCGCGUCGAUCUGCAUUCGGCGCUGCGUCAGGCGGCGCUGGACAGCGGUGCGCACAUCCACACCUCGUCCAGAGUCACCAAGGUCGACACCGAGGCGGGCAAGGUGUGGCUCGAGGACGCAAGUGAGAUGUGCGCCGACCUCAUCAUUGGAGCCGAUGGCAUCCGGUCGGCGGUGCGUUCGGCUGUGGUGCAAGCCGAUGCACCCGCUCUCCCCACCGGUCUGUCUGCCUUCCGCACGCUCAUCCCCAUGGACGAUCUCAGGGACAUCCGAGGGCUGCCGGAGGGUGUGCAGCUAGGCCAGGAUCAGACGCUCAUGAUUGUGGGUCGUGAUCGCCGAUUGGUCAUGGGACCCUCUCGUUCAGGCACGGUGCUGGGCGUCGUUGGGCUCGUGCCUGAUACAGAUCGAACCAAGGAGUCGAGUUCGUGGAACUGCCAAGUUUCGGUGCAGGAGUUUGCGGAGCACUUUGACGACUUUCCCGCAUGGACGCGCGAGCUGAUCGCACGCUCGGUGGAGCCAAGCAUCUGGCAGCUGCGCGACAUUGCGCCGCUGUCAGCAUGGCAUCGCGGCAGGGCAGUGUUGAUCGGCGAUGCGGCGCACGCCAUGCUCCCCACUCAGGGUCAGGGCGCCUCGCAGUCGUUUGAAGACGCAGAAGCGCUGCAGUACUUGCUGCGAGACAUUGGCUCCAACAGCAGCAAAGAAGAGCUCGAGAGGGCACUUGCAGCAGUCUACGCUGCACGCAUCGAGCGCGCCUCGCUCAUCCAGGCCUACAGCCGCCAACAGGCCAAACCGGGCACAAGCGACGCCGGCAAAGUCACGCUCAAUCCGCGCGAGUUCAUGGACUACAACUGCAACUACGAAGGAUGCCAGUCUUGGCUCGCCCGUCAGGCCGCCCAUCACUCCAACAAAGACCACACUCCCGCCGCAUCGUCGCUCUUUGACGCCGUAGCGCCUGCUGCCGUUCCGAGUUCGUAG